GCUUGGGUUAGCAAUUAGAGAAGUUGUUUUAAAAUAAUAAAUUAUUUAAAAAAUAAAUAAAUACACAUUUUUAAUAAUUAUGCGGAAUAUAUAUAUUUUAUUUAUUAAUUGUUUUGCAUUAUAAAUAUUGAUGACCUGAAUUUAAAUUUUAUUUUAUAAUAAUAAAUAUCACAAUGGAGUCUGCAAAUUUCUUAACCGUGAAAAGUCACCUCUCAGAAUUCAAAAACUGCUCCGACAAAGACACUUUAAGCGAGGCAUCCGAAAGUGGAACGAGCAAUUCCGUGACGUCAGCAGAAGACUUACAGAAAUUAGCAGUAAUACUUGGACUGAAUAGCGCUGAGGAUGUAUACCAAGAAAGAUUUCGAGUCGACAGGCGUCGUUUGGAAGCUAUGUUGGCAGAAAAUCUGGAAGAAUCACAAACAGCGCAGGCCUUCUUCCAUAGAGUUAUGAAUGAAACAAACACUUUAAUUAACUGGCCUGCUCGUCUGAAGAUUGGAGCGCGUUCGAAAAAAGAUCCUCACGUACGAAUCGCUGGUAGACCUGACGAUGUGAAAUUAGCUCGAGAGAAGAUAAUGCAGUUACUGGAUACAAGAAGUAACCGAGUCACUAUGAAGAUAGACGUCAGUUAUACAGACCACUCGCAUAUUAUUGGCAAGGGUGGUCUGACUAUAAAGCGUGUGAUGGAAGACACGGGAUGUCACAUCCACUUCCCGGACUCGAACCGCACCAGCGCCCAGGAGAAGAGCAACCAGGUGUCGAUAGCCGGGGACAUGGAACGAGUUGAACGAGCCCGGGCCAGAGUCAGGGCUCUGACUCCACUGGUGUUCUGCUUCGAGCUGCCGAUAGUGGCGCCCUCUCAGCCGUUACCCGACAUCAACUCGCCCUACGUUCAACAGAUACAAGAACAGUACAACGUGCAGGUAAUGCUCCGCAACCGGCCCAAGCUACACGCGAACCUGUUGGUGGUGAAGGGCGUGCAGUGGGAGGUCCGCGCCACUAUGGAAGCCACUACGCUGCUCAUGACGUACAUGUGUGGACCACUGGCGAGUCAAACCCAAGUCCAGAUGACGCUGGAGAUAUCACCGAUGCACCACUCGGUGGUGGUGGGUCGCGGGGCGGAGCAGCUCAAGGUCAUCAUGAAGGGCACCGGCACCCAGAUCAUGUUCCCCGACGCCGAUGACCCCAACAUACCAGCCCUCAGGAAGAGCUGCGUCACUAUCACCGGACAGAUCAAGGAUGUGUACGCUGCUAGACAGCAACUAGUUGGUAGUCUCCCGUUAGUAGUAAUCUUCGACGUGAGCGAGGAGGGCGCCCGCCUGGAGGCAGACACGGCUCGCCUGAUGUGUAAACACAACGUGUACAUCAGUGUGAGACGGAAACCGAAGCAGGGCAUCGCCUCCGUUGUCAUCAAGGGGAUAGAGAGAUGCGCUGGCGACAUCUAUGAAGCUCGUCGUGAACUCCUCGGCGGCAAGGAACCGUCCAUCACGGCCGAGAUACCGGAGUCCUACAACAUACCAUCCUUAACCAACACGAUGCCCAACUUCGGCGCCUUCAACCCGUUCUCGCCAACUCACGCCAGCGCCAUCACCAACUCGCCAUGCUCGCCUUACAAUCUACAAUUGAACGAGUUGGCCAGCUUUGGGCCAAUGUUUGGCCACAACCCGCCAACCCCCGGCGGUUAUCCCACGCCGUUGUCUCCAGUGGCCAUGACACCACCCGUGUUCCCAUCGGGUUGGAUGAUCCCCUCUCCUCAGCCGAGACCAGGGCAGUUCCACUUCCCUAGUAUAGCAAACGCGCCUGUUAUGUACAAAAAUCAGAGUACUUGGAACCCGAUGUCGAGUACCAAUGAAAUGAUCCACCCGCCUCAUCAGCACACGCAUCAUCCACAGCAUGUGCUAAACGCUAGCUCCGCAGCGAGCUCCGGGUACCAGAGCAACUUCACUGGCAGCUCUGUAUCACUCGACACGCAGAAUAUAUCCGGCGGUGACGGCAGUAACGUGGUCUCUCCUUCCGUUUCCCCCAUCAGCAAGACGCACAGCCCUACACCAUCCACUGACAACGAGCGAUCACAACAUGAGCUCGCAAACAUAAUAUCUGAGCUGCCGCUGUCUGAACGGCGCGCUGUCGGCUGUGAGAAGAAGACCUUGGAGAAUCUGACGAAGAUGUCGCCACUGUCGUCACUGUCGCCGCUCACGCCGCUCAACGACUACCGCAAGAUGAAAGCGGAAGCUAAUAAGGCGAUGCGUGAAUCGGUGGGGUCCGGCUAUAGAGUUCCUAACACUCGUUGGUCUGGUUAUUACUUCAGUCACACCUCACCCGGACCUAUCAACUUGAAGGAGGAGAAUACUACGCCGGAGAAAUCUUGGAACAGAUCAGAUUUGGUUCGUCCAAACAUAGUAGAAACAGCUCCCUCGCCACCAACAAAACAAUGCCGCUACCAACAACUGUACGAUCUGCUCAGGGAUAUUGGAUUACAUAAAUAUAUAGAUCUGUUCAAGAAGCACGAGCUGGAUAUGUCGACGUUCGCGUCUCUGAACGAGGCCGACCUCACUGAGAUCGGGAUAACAGCUUUCGGGGCCCGCCGGAAGAUGCUACUGGUCAUAGCUGAGUUGCAAAAACAGACGAGUUCCUAUAAAGCUGGUUCAUCUGACAGGAAGCUGCUAAGCUCACCACAGUACUCUGCGCUGGCGCAGGACAAAUGGUAGACAGCCAUUAACACACGUGCACCAUAACAACAAUGUUACCCACAUUGAUUGAGUCCCAAUACAAAUCGAAUAGUUGUUUUGAUUAUAGUGAGGUCGUAUAUCAAAGCCGUUGCGAGAAAUAUAUACGUGUAUUAUAACCGAUAUUCUUACCUCCAGUUACCAUCGUCGAACACACUGUGCGUUUCUAGUUUACCAUUCGUAAUCGGUCAAUAAAAAAAAAUAGUUUAAACUGUCUGUCCGACGUUGCGAACUUGUAGGGGGAUACGGCACGCUAACAGUUUUGAUACCUGUCAUCACUAGUUAAUUAUCCAAGACUGAUUGUUGACUAGUAAUUACGUCGUCUCGAUUCAAUUGAGAUGAUCCACUUAUGACAAAGGCCUUAUGAUGUUACGAAAAGUUUAUUUUUUUUCUAGAUUUUAUAUCCAGAUUAUAGUAUGGCUUGUUGAUGUUUAUGAGAUUUUUAAUAUGUACUAUAUAUAAUAUAUUAUAUCCUGGCUAGCGAUGCGACAUUUGAUCUCGGAUAUCAGACGCGUGAUUGUUGAAGUAAACCGUAUUAAAUUAAUAGAUAUAUAGUUGUAGGCUUAUAAUAUAAUGUAACAUUUAUUUGCGAGGGCAUGUUUUAUUUUUAUGAUUUUUAACAGUAUAUUAUUCUCAGCACAAUGCAUUCGUAAUCCAGACUUGAGUUUGAGUUUUUAUAUAAUUUUUUUUUUUAAAUCCACAUACAUUCAUACAGUUUUAAUUUUUGAUUAUUAUAUCAUAUCAUACCUCUAAAAUGUUGCCAGUCGAUAUAAUCUUUGUUAACAUAUUUUAAUUAAUAUGUUUAUAAAAAGAAUAGAAAUAAAUCGUUAUCGGCUUUUGACAAAUUUUUAUCGGUAGUAGGUACAUCGGUUACAAAGAAAAAAAAAAUUUUUGUUGGACCACAUCAAAUGACUUGAUUUUAAAUAGGACGGAUCUUUGUUCAGUUUGUGCGAUAAACACGUAGCUCACUGAAUCAUUUUAAUCAAUUAACAAUUACUAUAAAAUCAUUGUGUUUGUGUUUUUUUUUUUUAUAUAUAUAUAAAAAGUUUUAUUUCAGUGCAUUUUGAUUUUAACUAUAUUAACAUGCUAAUUGAAUGAAUGCUCUUAUAUUUUAAGUGUUUUUAGACUCCAGUGAUGUUGCUGUGUUGCCGUGUUGCUCUGUUGCUCUGUUGCUGUAUGAUUAGCGUCUCGGCAACAGGUGAAUUAUGUAUCGACUCAUUUACAUUUUAUUUACUUUAGUUAUUUAGGUGCCUUUAUAUAAUUGUCACUCUUUUUAAUCAUGAACUAAUGAUUGCGAAUCUUUUUAUGUUAUGAUUAUGUAUGUUAGACCCCUUCAGUGAUUAUCAAAUAAUAGUUUGUGAUACAGGAUGUGUUAUGUGUGUAGCUUUUUAUAAUGAGUUCGUGAGUUUUCGUUUUUAAUUUUAUUUCAGUUUAAGGGGUGGUAUGCACGAUGGUUUUGUUUUUAUUUUAUUUUUUUUUUAGUUUUGCCUGUCAGAUUAAAUAUUCACAAAAAUAUGAUACUGGUUUUAUUAUUUAAUCUGUUGUA